AUGCUGAAACUAAAACCUAAGCAUCAGCGGUUUAUCCUACAAUGCUAUCCGGGAGGGAAGAGCACCGAAAAAAAGCCUAACAAUGCUGAACUUAGCCACCUGCUCUACUACGCUACCACCCGCCGGACGAAGCUAGAAAAAGUUGGCGGCUUCUUGGAAAAGAAAACCGUCAAGGACGUUGGACAUAGUCGAAUCGGCAAUGUUUUGGUAACUUUGGAUAUCCUCAAUCAGCUGGUUAUCCGAUGUUCUGACAACUUGAGUGUCUUUGCAGAUAAUGUCAUUAACAUCCUCACUAACGUGUCAACACUGCAUGAUUUGACAGUUCAAGAGCACAGUUUCAUUUUAUUCAAGAGCUUUUGUGAGAAUGUGACUGUCAAGUCCUUCACCGGAGAGAAAAAAAUAAUCGACAGGUUCAAUAAGCUUUGCAACUACUACAUCGAGCAGCAGGAGUUGGCGACUAAGUCACAUACAGAAUCUUCGGAUUGGUUAAUUCUUUCCUUGAAAACCUGUGAGAUUAUCGCCAAGUGCUAUGGUAACUUUCCGAGUCUGGACAAAAGGAUUAUUGCCAAGUCAAUGAACUUGAUUCUGAGUAAAUUGUCGUUGAAUGAACAUCAGCUUUUGAACAGAACCAAAACUAACGUGUCGCACGAAAUUAAUACAGAUAACGUGGAAGAAGUUGUGUUAAAGUCUCUCAAAGCACAUUUUAAUACUACAUCAACUACAUUUCUUACGCAAUCUACAAAGUCAGUAGCAGAAUUUAUUCUCAGAUCAAAACCGAGUAUUCAGGGUCCAUGGUCCAAUGCCCUUUUGGAAAUGUUGACUUCUUGGACUCCAGUUCAAUUAAGGUUUAUUGUUUUGAGUAGCCUAAUGUCCAUAUUGGACCAUAAGAAUGAAGCCGUUCUCACCGAGAAAAUAAGCAAUCUGCUGUCUUCAUCUGUCAGUUUAGUUGGAUUGUCCGUAAUCGACGUUUUAAGACAGUUCCUUACGCUGCAAGCGAAUUGUUUAAAAUCCAAAUUGAACUUGACAGAAAAUUACGUCAAAUGCAUAUCCAGUCUGGCUCUUCAUCAUUAUUACAGAUCUCAAGUUCCGGAUAUGGUUAAAGAGAUUUCUGUAAAGUUGAAAGAAAAUUAUAACAACAUUGUUCUAUUUGCUCCAGUUUAUGCCAGGAACAUUGAAAUGAUCUAUCAAACAUCAAAGGAAAACCCCAAAGAUAUGAAAUUCAAAUACGGAAAUAUUGAUAGUUGGUCUAUACUGUUUUCCAUCCUUGCUCUCAAAGGAAGUUCUCUUAACGAAGACGAACGAUUGCAGGUGCAAUUACCAUUUCUGAAGCUCUUCAUUACGUUCCUACAAUCUUUAUACAGUGAGAACUCUGAGUAUUCUAUGGCAGUACCCAACUAUAACGAAUAUCUAACGCGAACGACCAAUCCACUUUCAUUAUGUUUUUACAUGCUAGACAAAAUUGUUCCUAAUGAAGAGUCUAGUAAACUAUUAUCACAGAUUAUUCCCUUGUUGUUAAAGAUAUUUGGAGUCAAUGCAGUGAAAAAUGGUGCUCCGUUUGUCUUGGAACGACCUGAAGGCGAGUCCUCACUAUUGUUCUUACAUUAUGCAGCGACCUAUUUAGAUGACCCCGAGUUUGAGGAUAUUGUCUCAGGCCAUAUCAGCAAAGCACUCAAUGAAAACCAAAAUAUUUCCGCAUUGGACUUGAGCUUGCCUAAUGGAACAAAGAACUCAAACUUCAGUCCAAGAGACAUAGAGAAGCAAGAUUUUGUCAAAGUGAUCCAAUCCAAUUUUGUGUCCGAUAUUCCGUCGGUGGAUGAAGAAAUGUUCAGAGUCUCAAAUGGAAAUCAUGUGCUGAAAAACAUGAUGAUGAUGAAUCGUUCUACCCGCUCGUUGUCAUCCCCAUAUUACACAAGAUCAAGCCCACAUUCCUCUAACAACUCUACAAUCAACAUCAUGGAUGUGAAAAGUUUCAAUCCAAGAACUUUUAGUCUGGAAAUACGACGUCCACCUCAGAUAUCAGAUUUGAAAAGGGCUGUGAGUGGUCAAGAUCCCACUGUUUCGUCGGUAACCAGUAAACUUGUUACACCGUCACUUUUGGAGAACGAUAACGACCUUAUUUCACUUCAAGAUUUGGUACACCAACUUGCUGUUGAUUCAGCAGAUGAAAAAUACCAUCAGAUAAAUAUAACUCCAUAA